GUUCCCUGCAUUGUUUAGGGGUUCAAGGAUUUUAAAGACCCAACCUUUAAAAAUCAAAUUUUACAACUAUGUCGCAGACUAACUGGGAAGCUGAUAAAAUGUUGGAUGUGUAUAUAUAUGAUUACCUGAUGAAGAGGAAGUUAAAUGCUACUGCAAAGGCAUUUCAAGCUGAAGGGAAAGUGUCAACUGAUCCAGUAGCUAUCGAUGCGCCUGGUGGUUUUCUGUUCGAGUGGUGGUCUGUAUUUUGGGAUAUAUUCAUCGCACGGACAAACGAGAAGCAUUCAGAAGUUGCUGCUUCUUAUAUUGAGACUCAAAUGGUUGAAGCUCGAGAACAACAACAGUAUCAGAAGCCUCAGCAGAUGCAGCAGAUGCAGCAGCUCUUAUUGCAGAGGCAUGUUCAGCAGCAGCAGCAACAACAACAGCAGCGAAGGGAAGGGACUCAGUUAACAAACGAUGCUGCCAAUGGCCUUGUCGGUGAACCUCUCAUGAAGGAUAGCACUGCGAGUGCAAUUGCAUCCACAAGAAAGAUGUAUGACGAGAGUUUCAGGUUUCCACGCCAAAGGGAUUCCUUGGAUGAACCAGCUGUGAAGCAACUAGGUGAUAAUUUGGGCCAGCUUCUGGAUCCUAAUCAAGCUUCAAUCAUGAAAGCAGCCUCAAUGAUUGGCCAGCCUCCCGGGCAAACACUGCAUGGCACACCUGGAAAUAUAUCAGGAAGUCUUCAGCAAAUGCAGAAUCGAGCUCAGCAGGUUUCAGUUCCCACCCAGGAUUCAAGGAGUGAGAUCAAUUCAAUGUUGACUCAAAGAGCUGCUGGUCCUGAUGGAUCAUUAGUUGGAGUUCAUGGAUCAAAUCAAGCUGGUGGCAAUUUGACACUGAAAGGAUGGCCUUUAACCGGACUGGACCAACUACGAUCAGGGCUUCUCCAGCAGCAGAAAACUAUGAUUCAGUCCUCUCAGCCAUUCAGUCAGCUUCAGCUACAGCAACAACUUCUUCUUCAAGCACAACAUAAUUUAUCAUCCCCAUCGGCAAAUGAUUUUGAAAGCAGAAAAAUGCGUAUGCUUCUGAACAAUCAGAUUAUGGGUCUUGGGAAAGAUGGCCAACUAAAUUGUCUUGGCAACGUGGUUCCCAAAGUUGGAUCACCUAUGCAAAUUGGGUCUCCUUUUCUGUCUCAUGGCGACACUGAUAUGCCAGUUAAGUUACAGCAGCAACAACUGCAUCAAACUCAUCAACAAUCACAACAAUUUGCACAGAAUCCACUUUCAAGUCAGCAGUCUCAGAGUUCAAAUCCCCAACUCCAACAGCAAGAUAAAAUGGUUUCAAAAAAUCAAAUUGGCCGAAAGCGGAAGCAGCCAGGGUCAUCAUCAGGUCCAGUCAAUAGCUCAGGAACUGCAAAUACCACCGGACCAUCUCCAAGUUCACCUUCCUCACCUUCUACUCACACACCUGGUGAUGCUGUAUCAAUGCCCACUUUGCCACAUAAUAGUGGUUCCUCCAAGUCGUUGCUUAUGUUUGGCUCUGAUGGUUUGGGUUCCCUUACUUCAGCUCCUAAUCCAUUGGCUGAUAUAGACCGUUUCGUGGAUGAUGGGUCUCUCGAUGGUAACAUAGAGUCAUUCUUGUCUCAUGAUGAUCCAGAGCCUAGAGAUAGAGUUGGUUGGUACGGUGAUGUCAGCAAAGGUUUAACAUUUAUGGAAGUCCAGCUUAUCCAGGCUAGUACAAGUAAAGUCGAAUGUUGUCACUUCUCAGCAGAUGAGAAGUUGCUUGCUACUGGUGGGCAUGAUAAAAAGGCGGCGCUGUGGUGCACAGAGUCUUUUGCUUUAAAGUCAACACUUGAAGAACAUUCUCAAUGGAUAACUGAUGUUCGUUUCAGUUCAAGUAUGUCGAGGCUUGCUACCUCUUCAGCUGACAGAACAGUCAGGGUCUGGGAUGCUGAUAAUCCUUCUUAUUCACUUCGUACUUUUAUGGGACAUUCGACAACUGUUACAUCACUUGACUUCCACCCUACCAAAGAUGAUCUUAUCUGCUCAUGCGAUAAUAAUGAGAUUCGAUAUUGGAGCAUUAAAAAUGGUAGUUGUGCUGGAGUUUUGAAGGGUGGUGCAUCCCAGAUAAGAUUUCAGCCUCGUGUUGGAAGGUUUCUUGCAGCUGCAAUUGAUAAUUCCGUAUCCCUACUUGAUGUAGAAGCCCAAGUUUGCAGGGCUAAAUUACAGGGGCAUAAAAGCACCGUCCAUUCUGUUUCCUGGGAUGCUACGGGUGAGUUUUUGGCAUCUGUAAGUGAUGACUUGGUGAGAGUGUGGACGGUUGGAUCUGGUGGCAAAGGAGAAUGUGUUCAAGAACUGAGCUGCACUGGCAGUGGCACCAAAUUCAACACUUGCGUUUUUCACCCCUCUUACUCUUCCCUGUUGGUCAUCGGCUGUUACAAGACUCUGGAGCUGUGGAACAUGAUCGAGAACAAAAUUUUGACCCGACAUGCCCACGAGAGUCUAGUGUCGGCAUUGGCAGCCUCGAAUAGCACUCACAUGGUAGCCUCAGCUAGCCAUGACAAGUGUGUGAAGCUCUGGAAGUGAUCAAACUCCGGGCGGCAUUUUCAUCCGCGGUAUCGUUAAACCGGUAUAGUUCCUUACACUAUAUAUAACAGGGUUUUCUGACAUGUCAACUAAUCUCGAAGCAGCA